AUGGGUUCCAUUGCUGGAAUGACGGCGGACCAAAUUGCUCUAAUUAAGGCAACUGUACCCGUUUUGGUCGAGCAUGGAAACACCAUUACAACAGUCUUCUAUCGCAACAUGCUCGAAGCCCACCCUGAAUUGAACACCGUCUUCAACACCCCCAACCAAGUCAACGGCCACCAGCCUCGUGCCCUAGCCGGCGCACUCUACGCCUACGCCUCGCACAUCGAUGAUCUGGGAGCUCUCAGCUCCGCAGUCGAAUUGAUCUGCAACAAGCAUGCCUCACUCUACAUCAAGCCCGACGAUUACAAAAUCGUUGGCAAGUACCUCCUCGAAGCAAUGGGCGAGGUCCUCGGAGCAGCAUUGACCCCAGAGAUCCACGACGCAUGGGGAGCCGCAUACUGGCAGCUCGCCGAUAUCAUGAUCGGCCGCGAGAAGCAGCUGUACGAGCAAAGCGAGGGUUGGACCGACUGGCGCGACUUUAAAGUCGCCGAUAAGGUCAAAGAGUCCGACGAGAUCACCUCCUUCUAUCUCGCACCUGUCGAUGGCAAGCCUUUGCCAAACUUCCAGCCUGGCCAGUAUAUCUCUGUUCAGACAUACGUCCCGGCUCUCAAGUAUACGCAGGCUCGACAGUACUCGCUUAGUGACAAGCCUCGAUCGGACUACUACCGUAUCAGCGUAAAGAAGGAGACUGGUAUCGACUCGGCUGAUCCUGCUGUUUCCGCUCACCCUGGUUAUAUUUCGAAUGUGCUGCACGAUACCCUCAACAAAGGCGAUACACUGCAAGUUUCGCAUCCUUAUGGUGAUUUCUUCCUUUCGACCACAGAGACCGAGCCUGCUCAUCCGGUUGUGUUGAUCUCCGCCGGUGUGGGUCUUACUCCCCUCACUUCGAUUUUGAAUACCUUGACAUCAAAGGCGCCCUCCACUCGCAAGCUCCACUUUGUGCACGGGGCGCGGACAUCAGGCGCACGCGCUUUUAGAGAGCACAUUGCUUCCCUCACGAAGAAGUAUCCCAAUUUGAACGCCACCUUCUUCACAAGUCACCCUUCCGAGGGAGAGAAGGAAGGUGUGGACUAUCACCAUGUUGGACGGGUGAAUCUAGACAAGGUUAAACCGGAGGAAUUGUUCCUUGAUGAUGCUAAAACCGAGUACUACAUUUGUGGACCAGAGAAGUUCAUGACGGAUAUGGAAUCGAGUCUUAAGAGCCAGGGCGUCAGCGCUGACCGGAUCAAGAUGGAGUUGUUUGGCACUGGAGGUGUGCCUCACUAA